AUGUCCGCCAACUCCCCACGACAACCCCAUGAAGCCGCUUCAUCGCCAGUCAGCGGCCUCGCCGCCGCAACGGCUUCUCCGGCCGUCGACGACCGUGCCGCCUCGGAACAUCCGCCGGUAGCCCGCGACGACCGCAUCGAUGCCACGGCACAACCGCCCUAUGUGCACGAGAACGCUGCCGGCGACGCCGAGGCGCUUUCCUACCCGCCUCUUGACGACCCGUCGCACCCGCUGCUCCCGCCGGCCAACUUCUCGCCCUUUUUUACGCUCGUCGAGGACGCCGUCACCGGCGAGCACCACCACCCGGCCGUGCACUACGUCUUCUCCGAUGACGAUCCGGAACUGCACACGGCCGUCUUCAUGCGCGCCCUUGGCGACACGACCGCCACGACCGCCCCGCCCUCGCCCCCCGCCGCCAGACAUCACCCGCACCACCAGUACCACCUCCUCGACCAUCAAGAGCCUCACGAGGCUGGCCGUCACGGCGUGGCAGCCCACAUCCUCCCUCCACCCGCGACGGGCGUCAAGGAGCGCUACGUCGUCGUCGAUCUGACGACCGACGGGCAGGCCGUGGCAGGUGCGACGAGCCUGAGCCGCGAGUGGCAGGUCGUCGGUGCUUCGAUCGCGCCCGCACCCUCCUUUGCCGAAGACAACGACAACGACGCCGCUGAUGGCUUCUGCGGCAGCGGCGCGUUGAUGUUGAGGGUGGAAGGGACUGAUAUGGGCGGCAACAACAGUAGUAACAGGGGCACAGCACCAACAGGAGUGCAGCAGGAGGAAGAAGCUGUCAUUGCUGCAGGUCUGGGCGAGGCUAGAAGGGCUGCCGGUGACGAUCUGGUGGGUGGGUUGGAGGAGCUGCUACGGCGGUUCGAUGGCGGGAUUGACGUUCUAAGCAAGGUCGUCGGGCCUGACGUGGAAGUCUUGGUGCAGCAGCAGGGUGGUGUUGGCGGCGGCGGCGGCGACGGCGAGGUACCACCGCCGUUGACAGCCACCGCUGAUGUGGAUGAGGCUGCCGCUUAA